AUGACAGCCAUGUUAUUUUUCUUGAAGUUUUUCCUAAAGUGCAAUCAAAAUUGUCUGAAGACAGCAGGGAACCCCCGAGACAUGAGGAGAUUUCAGGUGGUUUUGUCGACCACAGUCAGUGUGGAUGGUCCUGUACUAGCCAUUUCGGAUAAUAUGUUUGUGCACAACAACUCCAAACAUGGACGUCGCUCUCGUAGAAUGGAUCCAAAUGAGACAGUGGAGACUAGCAUGGAAUAUGCUAUUCCCUGUAUCAAAGCCAUCAGCCCUAGUGAAGGUUGGACUACAGGCGGGGCUAUGGUAAUUGUGAUUGGGGAAAACUUCUUUGAUGGUCUGCAGGUGGUUUUUGGGAGCAUGCUCGUGUGGAGUGAGUUAAUCACUCCUCAUGCUAUCCGAGUUCAAACUCCUCCUCGACACAUACCAGGGGUUGUAGAAGUUACGCUAUCUUAUAAAUCUAAGCAGUUCUGUAAAGGAGCUCCAGGGCGCUUUAUUUAUACAGCACUGAAUGAGCCAACUAUUGACUACGGCUUCCAGAGACUUCAAAAGCUGAUCCCUCGACAUCCUGGUGACCCCGACAAAUUGGCAAAGGAAAUGUUACUUAAAAGAGCAGCAGAUGUUGUUGAAUCACUCUAUGGAAAUACAACCAGCAAUCAGGACAUUUUGCUAAAACGGGCGGCAGACAUAGCCGAGGCUCUGUAUAGCAUGCCACGACCUCACAGUCAGCUGCAGGCCAUGCCAAGUUCCCCUGUCCAUGGAAGCGUUAUGGGCCUCAGCUCUUAUCCCACCCAGCUGGGUGUAAGUAUGGGAGAACCUGUGCAAACCAGCAGCCAAGGUUACACUCGAAACCCAAGCAGUUUGUCACCUCGGGGCUACCCUUCAGCAUCGACCCCUCAGCAGUCAGGUUAUGGAUCCAAUUUAGGCAUGAGUGCGAGUUACGGAGCCGUGCCCAUGAGUAGUCUGGGUGUUUCAGGGUCACCUGGCUUUAACAGUUCUUCACCAAACAGCUCUCCUUAUGCUAUCAUGCCAUCUAGCCCCACUGUACCUGGCUCCAGUUCUUCAUCCUCCCUUUUGCCCUACACAUCUUUCCCAACCUCAAACAAACAAAAAAGUGCCUUUGCUCCUGUCCUGAGACCACAGGGUUCACCAUCACCUGUUUGCCAAACCUCAGGAGGCUCCAGCUUUAGAGCAAUGACAGGCCUUGUGGUUCCCCCAAUGUAGAUAAUGAGUCUUUUCCAGUCAUAAGAUCUACAGUUAGUUGCUAGAACUGGACUGACAUCAAUGUUGUCUUCUUCAAGCCACACUGAGUGAAAAAGAUACAGUUGUAUAAUCUUCUGAUGAAGACCCAUCAAGAGUAUUAGAGACCACAACGACAUCUUCAAAAGAUUUUGGGAACCUUCUUAAAACAUGUCAACUCUAUGCACGCCGGUUGCUUCUGAUUGUAAGAAGGUUGCCAAAGGGAUGGUGUUACUAAAAGUUACUUCCAGCCACAAAAUGCCAAAAGAGGAUUUUUUUUUUUUUUUUUUGAAAACAUGUUACACAUGUCUGGCCAUAUGUUCUCAACAGACACAUUGAUCAAUAGACCGCAGUAGAUGCCAUUAAAAAGGAUGUCAGUUGUGUCAAAACAGAUUUUUUUUUUUUUUAACUAUAUGCUGAUAGAUCUACAUCCCUAAACUGAAAUUGUGUUUUUGAAAGCAUACAUCAGGCUUUUCAUUUAGAGAAACAGAAAAUGUCUAUUUAGGUUUAUGAACGGAUUACCUCAUAUAUUUACUUAUUUAAUGACAGAAACUAUAUAAGUUAUAUUUUUAGUUUAAGUACUAAUAUAAGGAACCGUAAUUGUAUUUGCUAUUUGUUAUCGAAUUGUAUUUGUUUUUCUGUAAACAUUUUAAAUGUUGUCAUUUUGUUAUUCAUAUUAAAAUAGUGAUUGUAGAUUUUUACAUGUAAAAGAGUUUUGUUGUUAAACAUACAAGCAAUAUAUUGGGGCCAGUUUGUUAGAAAGUAAAUACCUUGUAAACAUUAAGUCAAGAGGACAAGAACAUGAAGGAUUAAGUAGUUUUACAUAUUCAGUUAAAGAUCAGAAUCUACACUAAAUUAAUCAUCACCACUCUCAUUAUCUUAGAUCGGACACUAUUUGCAGAGUAUGCAUUUGUAGCAAUAUAUCUGACCUUGUUAUUUAUGAAUGUUCUCAUAUUAGUAGCACUUCAAAAAGUUUUUUUUUUUUUAC